CGCCUCGACGAAGCCCUUCUUUCACAAUUAUCGUUGUCUCCCCAACUCUGAGAUACACGCGGCGCAUCUCUACUAGUCAUGGAACCCGCGGUCCUACGCGGUCGUAUUGUCGCGACGCUCAACCCAGAUGCAGACGCUCGACGGAGGGCUGAGCUGGAUCUGAAGACGGCUGAGGAACAUCCUGGUUUCACUGAUGCCCUCCUUGAUAUCUUGCAAGCAGAGCAGGAGGCCCCCGUUCGCAUGUCGACGGUUGUCUACCUCAAGAACCGUGUCGUCAGAGGCUGGUCACCCAGCGAGGAGAGCCCACAGAACAAGGCCAUACCUGAGGACGAGAAGCAGAGAUUCCGCGAACGCUUGCUCCCUGUCCUCUCAUCUUCCACCCCACCGAUCCGACAACAACUGGUCCCGGUCCUCCAAAAGAUCCUCCACUAUGACUUCCCUGAGAAGUGGCCCGCCUUCAUCAACAUCACCGUCCAGCUGCUCGGGACCAACGAUGCCUCCUCCAUUUUCGCUGGUCUCCAGUGCCUUCUGGCUAUUUGUCGCGUUUACCGCUUCAAGUCAACAGACAACCGAGCCGAUUUCGACAAGAUAGUUGAGGCAACCUUCCCACGUCUUCUGGAAAUCGGACAAGGGCUGGUGAACGAAAUGAGUGAGGAGGCUGGAGAGAUGCUCCAUAUUGUGUUGAAGGCAUACAAGCAUGCGACAUUCUUUGACUUAGCAGUCUCCUUAAGAGAGCAGCAGCACGUCGUCGGGUGGUGCUCCUUGUUUUUGCAUACUGUUGCAAAGGAAGUCCCUGCUACUGCCCUGCCAGAGGACUUGACAGACCGUGAGGCAAACCACUGGUGGAAAGCGAAGAAGUGGUCAUAUUUCAACCUGAACCGCCUAUUUGUUCGCUACGGCAAUCCAACAUCUCUACAGAAAGGACAAGGGGAGGACUAUGCAGAAUUCGCAAAGAAUUUCAUUACCAAUUUUGCUCCAGAGAUCCUGAAGGGUUACCUGCAGCAGAUCGAAAAGUGGGUGGCCAAGACCACAUGGCUCAGCCGGCCUUGUCUAUCAUAUACUCUUGUCUUUCUAGACGAGUGUGUACGGCCCAAGCAAAUGUGGGCUCAUCUCAAACCUCACCUGGAUACCCUCGUCACCCACUUCCUUUUCCCCGUCAUGUGCUUGUCGCAGGAAGAUGUCGAGAAAUUCGACUCCGAUCCCGAGGAAUAUCUUCAUCAUAAGCUCAAUUUCUAUGAAGAGGUCUCUGCGCCCGAUGUUGCUGCAACGAACCUUCUGGUCACCUUGACCAAAGUUCGAAGAAAGUAUACCUUUACUAUCCUGACCUUUGUUAACACAAUCGUCAACGAGUACGAGACGGCUGAGGAGUCCAAGAAGAAUCACAUCGCGAAAGAGGGCGCAUUGCGUAUGAUUGGGACAUUGUCCAGCGUCAUCCUUGGAAAGAAGAGUCCGAUUGCUGAGCAAGUUGAAUACUUCCUGGUACGAUACGUCUUCCCCGACUUCCGCAGCUCGCAGGGAUUUUUACGAGCCCGCGCUUGCGAUACGGUGGAGAAAUUUGAGCAACUUGAUUUCAAAGAUCCCAAUAACCUUCUCAUUAUCUACCGCAAUAUCCUGGAAUGCAUGGCAGAUCCUGAUCUGCCCGUGCGUGUUGAGGCUGCGCUUGCACUUCAACCACUCAUCAGACAUGACAUUAUUCGAACGAACAUGCAACAAAAUAUACCCCAAAUCAUGCAACAGUUGCUUAAGCUUGCGAAUGAAGUCGACGUUGAUGCUUUGUCAAAUGUCAUGGAAGACUUUGUUGAGGUCUUUGCAGCGGAACUAACUCCCUUCGCUGUGGCAUUGAGUGAGCAGCUACGGGAUACCUAUCUGCGGAUUGUCAGAGAACUCCUGGAGAGGAACGAGCAGCGGGAUGAUGACGAUUACGGUGAUUACUUGGAUGACAAGAGCAUCACCGCCCUGGGCGUUUUGCAAACAAUCGGUACCCUGAUCCUGACAUUGGAGAGCACACCCGACGUUCUUCUCCAUAUGGAAUCUAUAUUGAUGCCGGUCAUCAAAGUGACAUUGGAAAACAAGCUCUACGAUCUGUACAACGAAGUCUUUGAGAUCAUUGACAGCUGCACCUUUGCCGCCAAGUCAAUUUCUGCAACCAUGUGGCAGGCCUUCGAGCUUAUCCACGCUACCUUCAAGGCUGGUGCUGAACUUUAUCUUGAAGACAUGCUCCCAGCGCUUGACAAUUUUGUCCAAUAUGGGAGUCAGCACCUCAUCAACACACCCCCAUAUCUCGAGGCUAUGUUCAGCAUGGUCCAGGAUAUGUUUACGGACGAGAAAGUGGGUGGUGUUGACAGAAUCUGCGCUUGCAAGCUGGCAGAAGGGAUGAUGCUCAGCCUCCGAGGCCAUGCCGAUCAAUACGUAGUGGCCUUUGUUGAGAUGGCAAUGCGAACACUCACGAACUCAGAUAUCAAGGUUAAGUCAUACCGGAUCCAUUUGAUGGAGAUGGUGAUCAACGCCAUCUACUACAAUCCCGUUCUGAGUCUACAUGUGCUUGAGUCGAACGGAUGGACCAACAAAUUCUUCAGCUGGUGGUUCUCGAGUAUCGACAGCUUUACCAGAGUCCACGACAAAAAGCUUUCGAUUGCUGCUAUCGUUGCGCUACUCACACUUAAUGCUGACCAGGUUCCAGUCAGCGUUCAGCAAGGAUGGCCUAGACUCUUGCAGGGCAUUGUUCGACUUUUCCAAACGCUCCCAGCUGCUUUAAAGAAUCGCGAAGAAGCCCUGAAAGAUGAUUUCCCACUAGAGGGCUCUGCAUACGAUGACGAUGAAGAUGAUGAUGAUGCAUGGGGAGGGGAUGAUACCGCCUGGACUGAGGAGGCUGAGGGCGAGGACGAAGCAGAUGGUAAAGAUGAGAGUAGCGCCUACCUCGAAUUCUUGAAUGAGGAAGCUCAGAAAUUCCAGAAUCUGGAAGACGACUCGGACGAUGAGUUGGGAGAGGAGAGUCUCCUAGAGACUCCGCUUGACAAGAUAGAACCUUACCAGCUCUUCCGAAAUGCCCUCCUGAAACUCCAACAAGAACAACCCCAACUCUACGAAUCCCUCACCACAAACCUCAACCCGGAAGAGCAAAACAUUGUCCAAGGCGUAGUCCACCAAGCCGAUGCUCUCGCCGCCGCCGCCGCCGCCGCCGCAGUGGCUGAAGGCCAGGCGCCCGGCGCCGUCUUAAACGGUGCAGCGUGAGUUCAAGUAGAUAGUGUCGAGGCGGAGCAGAGCGGUCCAGGCGCGCAAUGAUGCAUGCAUUGCUGGCGUUCUCAUAUCGAGUCAAGACUCCUCUUCUCUCAAGGGUGAUAUGGGUUGCGGAAUAUGUUUCUCCUGGGGAGACGAAUAAUGCGAAGGGAAAAAGUUCGAUAAGGGAAUUGGGCGGCCAGCAAACGGAUAAGUAUAGAUAGUUAGAUGGCCUAGUCGGUGAUGUGAAUGAGUGAGUAGAUAGUAGAUAUCAGUCAUGACCCUCAUGCUUUUCUCCAUUGCUUCUCCUAUAAAUCGUAGAUCUUCAACCCCUCACUCCACUCUCUCAUGAGAUCAAAGGACGGGGAGGAAGGGGACAUAGGUACAUAAUCGAUUCAAAUACAUGAUUUCCAGUAUUGCC